AUGCCACCUGGACAAGCGAGACCAGGACAAAAAACUGCUUUUUUAGACAAAAAUGCUAUGAAAUUUUGCCAAGCGUUUAACCAACAAACCAAAGAAUUAGAAAGUUCAAAAAUACUUAAUGUGAAAAUAAUGAUCAAUGAUAAAAAGGAAUAUCAGUUUACUAUUCAAGGGCAAAUAACUUCCGAAUUAAUUAAAAAAGCGAGUGGUGAAAAGAAAACUAUCAGCGAAGAAGAAAUUGAAAAAAUUGCUCAAGAAAAGUUGCCUCAUUUGAAUACCGAUGACCUAGAAAAAGCCAAAAAGAUUGUGGCGGAAACUGGUGCUUACGUUCUCGCAAUAUUUGUUUUGCUCUACUUGUUCCUAAAAGUGUUCAAGGAAUCCAAAACUUUUCGAUUAGUCGUUUCAAUUUUCACUUGA